AUGUAUUGGAUGAAGCCAUAUAAAAUUUUGAUUUAGCCAUUUAGAAAAAACCAGAAAAUUCAGGCUUUUAUAAUAACAAAUUAAAUUUAAAUAUUAGAAGAAGUUUUAUAAAAUUUUGAAUAAACAAUUUAGAAAAUCCAAAAAAUUCUGACUAUUUUAAUAAUAAGGGUAUAAUUUAACAUGGUUUCUUAGCUUUUACUCUCUUAUAAGUAGUUUAGGAGGAAAUUUUAGAAAAAUUGAACAGGUUAGUAGAAUCGUUAUAAAAUUACGAUGUAGCAAUUAUUAAAAAUCCUAAAAUUUUAAGACAUUUUAUUACUAAAGGUAAAAUUAUCCAAUUAUAAUUUUCAGUUUUAACUCUAAACAAGAUGUACAGAUUUUUGGAAGUAAGUGAAAUUUUAAAUGAUGACUUUCAAUAAUUUUUCUGA